GUUUGUUGUGGUUACGUUUGUUUUCGUUUCCUUUUCAAAAAAAGUAUUUUGCAUCUGAGGUUGAAUUUAUUUGAGGGAGAAGUAUUUUUUAAGACUGUCCGUUUAAAGGAAAUAAUCCUUUUGUUAUUUACAGCACCUAAUGGCAGAUGAAUUCAAUUCUGAAGCUCGCAAAAAACCGCAAUUUGGAACAAGAUUUUUAAACAAUCAGGAAAAUGUAUUCCAACAUAAUGCAUGGGAUGAUGUUGAAUGGAAUGAUGAUUUAAUCAAGCAAGCUCAAGAAAAGCUAAAAUUGAACUCAGAGAUAACUGUACCAGUUGAAGAUCAAGUAAAAUAUGAAGAUGAAGCUAACAUCUUUUGGGAUAAAUUCUAUAAUAUUCAUCAGAAUCGUUUCUUCAAAGAUCGACAUUGGCUUUUUACAGAGUUUCCCGAAUUAACCUUAAAGCCAAAUGAAAGUGAAUCCAAAAGUCAAGCUUCAGACCCUUCUCAAAUAAAUAUUUUUGAGGUUGGUUGCGGAGUUGGAAAUACUGUUUUCCCAAUUCUAGAUACCAAUAGUGAUUCAAAUGUCAUGGUAUAUUGCUGCGACUUUUCUGAAACUGCUAUAUCUCUAAUAAAGGAGCAUCCUGAUUUCGAUGGGAAAAGGUGUCACCCAUUUGUUUUAGAUAUAUCAUCUAAUUCGUGGAAUGUACCAUUUCCAGAAAACAGUUUGAACUACAUAAUAUUGAUAUUUGUUUUAUCUGCUAUUCAUCCUGACAAAAUGCAGUAUGUGAUAAACCAGUUAGUAAAAUAUUUGAAGCCAGGUGGACAAAUUUUAUUUAGAGACUAUGGAAAGUAUGAUAUGGUAGAAUUACGUUUUAAGCCUGGACAAUGUCUUACAGAUCAUUUUUAUGUUAGAGGAGAUGGCACAAGAGUAUACUUUUUUUCUGAAGAUGAAGUACACAAGAUUUUUAGUUCAGCUGGUCUUAGUCAGACACAGUUGUAUAGUAGUAAAAGGCUACAAGUAAAUAGAGGAAAACAACUUAAAAUGUACAGGAUCUGGAUUCAGGCAAAAUAUCAAAAGUUAUGAUGAUAAACUCUUAACUUAGAUUAUGACUCUUCCAUACAAUAUAAUAUAUUUACAAAUUAUGCUCAAGAUCAAUGAAUUGUAAUAAUAC